AUGGUGCAAGGUAGUAGCGAUAAGAGGAAGAAGCAAUGGAUGAGUGGACGUGACGGAAGUCAGAAACGCCACAAGGGAUCGCUAGCUUCUGCAUCGAAUGCCAAAGGUCAUGGUGCUGUAUUAGUGACGUGUGAUAAGAUCAAGGAGCGCCAAAGUGUUGGAGACGCGCUCAAUAUUUUAAACGAAGCGGCUGAUCGCUUUUUCCCAGCAAAAGAAGAAGCUGAAGAGAAGACAUUGGUCGAUACCAAAGAUGAUUCUAUACAAAAGAAGCUACAAGAAGAGAUUAAAGACUUGCAAACGCAAGCCCAGAAGCGCCAAACUGGUCGAUUUACGGCUCUCGAUACUGGCGUCAAGGGUGUCAUAUUGAUUCAAUUCAAGGACGACAGUGUGUCCCCUACAGUAUUGAUGAGAAAGAUAUUUGAAGAUGCGGAGAUGACGAAAGAAUUUGCAUCUCGAUAUAUCCAAAAGAUGAUUCCAUUGGAAAAGGUUGGUUACUCCAGUGUCGAGAGCAUUAAGGAGCUUGCUGCGCCAAUGAUUGAAGCACAUUUGGAAGCUUAUCGAAAAGAGCAAGAAACGUCUGGUAAGAGCGAGGAUUUGGAGUUUGCAGUCGAGAUCAAGCGUCGCAAUUGCACAAAUCUCAACAGUAUGGACGUCAUCAAUGCGCUCGUGGAGUUGGUGGGAGAUAAUAAAACCAAAGUCAAUCUGACAACGCCCCACACUGUGCUCGUCGUCGAGGUCUUUCGAACGACAUGCGGCUUUAGUGUAUUGACGAACUUUCACAGAUUCAAAAAGUACAAUGUGCGUUCAGUCAUUGAGUCUAGAACAAAUGGUUCGAACACGACUAAACGGCGUGAUGAUAUUGAAGAGAAAAGUGCCAAAGCUGACGACUCAACAGGAAAGCAGAGCAACAACAAUAGCGACAAUGACAAAUAA